UCAGACAUGCGUCUCUCUCGGGAAGCACAACCCUGUGCGUUCACCAAAGAUUCGCGCAGGCGCCCGUUCGAACAUAACUCCAGUGCACCACCCAUCACAGUCAGUCCAUUGUGCGCCUCCGCGAAACAAUCAUGACGUACUCCGAGCGUGUGCCAACGAGCAUCAAAUUUACACAUAAAAACAAUAACGAUUAUAGUCUUCAACUGACUCGUUGGUUCCUGAUGCCGAUCGCCGCCUGGCCACGAGCACACACAUCAACGACGGAGAGGGUCUCUUUGCAGGCGCAUAUUCUCGCUUGCUCAUCUCUGAUAGCAAUCGUCAUGGUGCCGUGUUUGUUAUAUGUAUCGCUGGAAGAGAAAGAUAUCCAGAUGAAACUAAGCGUUAUGGGUCCACUAAGUCAUUGGAUCAUGGGCACGAUUAAUUACUGGCUGCUUCUUAUGCGCAGCGACGACAUCCGCGAAUGCGUGCAACACAUGGAGAUGGAUUGGAGACUAAUACGAAGGAUCGAUGAUCAGGUGGUGAUGUUGCGAUACGCCAAGAUCGGUCGUUUUAUCGCCGGAUUUUGCGCGGUGUUUAUGCAGAGCGGAACGUUCCUCUUUGUCGUAGCCAAAGCGAUGACAUCUAUUUCCAUCCUCGUGGGCAAUGUAACGACAUCGAUGCACCCGAUGACUUGUCCGAUUUACAGUAAAUUUAUCGACACGAGAUUCAGUCCCGCAAAUGAGAUCAUGCUGGUCGUGGAGCUACUAUCGUGUUUUAUAGUAAAUUCGAUUACGGUAGGCGCUUGCAGUCUCGCUGCAGUUUUUGCGAUGCAUGCUUAUGGUCAACUCAACAUGCUAUUCUCGUGGUUAAAUAAUCUCGUUGCGGACGAGGAUAAGGGAAACGAGUAUGCUGAACAAAAACUGGCUGCGAUCGUGGAGCAUCAUUUAAGAGUGCUGAGUUUUAUAUCGCGCAUGGAAAAUAUUAUGCAACAUAUCUGUCUCGUGGAAUUGGUGGGAUGCACGAUGAAUAUGUGUUUACUUGCAUAUUAUUCUAUUACGGUACGCUAAAGACUUAAAAAGAAUUGGAGUGAUUUUGAUGCGGCAAAAAUAAUGUCAUAUAUUAUUGUAUAUUUAUCUAUGGCUUUCAAUAUUUUUAUAUUUUGUUAUAUUGGCGAGAUUCUUACAGAACAG